AUGAGAUCCUCGACCUCGCACGGCGUCGCCUGUGCGCUUUAUCUCUCGCUGCUCGCCCAACUGCCCUCCUCUGCCGCCAUACAUCACAUGAAGCGCGAGCUGCCCGACCAUGUCCGCCGAGCCUCCGCUGGAACCAAGCCGCUCAUUGUUACGAACAAAUGUCCCGACACCAUAUAUCCCGCGUUUAUCACUCAAGAAGGAACGGGCCCGGCAAAGACGGGCUUCGAACUGAAGACAGGCGGUCAAGUGAACCAGACUGUUUCGGCAAAUUGGCAAGGCAGAGUCUGGGGACGCACCAAUUGUAGCUUUCCUGCGGAUGGUCCCACUGCCUGCGGCACUGGCGACUGCAAUGGCCAGGUUGAGUGCACGGUUUCUGGCCUGAAUCCCGUGAGUUUGGCCGAAUUCACAUUGGAUGGCGGCGACGGCCAGACCUACUACGACAUCUCGCUUGUGGAUGGCUACAAUCUUCCCAUGGGCAUCGUCAUGUACCCUUCUGGAACCGCUGCUUUGGAGGGAAUCCCGCAAAACUCGACGAAUCCGUCAUGCGAAGGCUCGGCUACCCAGCUUGCAGCCUCGACUUUCAACCCCUACACCGACGGAUCUCAGACCUUCCUUGGCACCAACAGUUCGUAUCCGUUGCCUUUCGACACCCAGGUCACGGAGGCUCAGGCAACGAGGUGGUGUCCUUGGGUUCUGCAAGUGAACCCGCCAAGCAAACCUGGCGACGGCGUCUACCCAUAUCCGGACGAUAACAUUCAGCGCCCGGCAUUCAGUCCUUGCUACUCUGCUUGUUCGAAGUGGAACAAGCCGUCGGACUGCUGUGUCGGCAAGUACGACUCCCCAAGCACUUGCUCGGCGGGAGAGUACUCGCACGCUGCCAAGAAAGUCUGCCCGGAUGCCUACAGCUAUGCGUUUGAUGAUCAAACUUCUACUUUCAUCAUUCCGAUUGGCGCCGGGUUUGAGGUCGUCUUUUGCCCCGGUGGUCGGUCGACCAACAUCUUGGCCAGCGAUCCCACCUACUCGAACGCGAAGCAGUCGUCCGGACACGUGCCGCAUAACAUGCACGGAGCUCUGGGUCUGUUGCUCGCGUUGACCAUGAACACUAUCCUCUUCACAUGCUUCUUCUAA